AUGGCGCAGUCCCAGUCCCAGUUCCGUCCCGCUUUUUCCCCGGACAGCGAAUUCGCUGAACUGGAAACUCCGCGCGGUCCCAGGUGUGGUGGUGGUCUGUCUAUCACAGCGCUGGCUCGAUUUGAGUUCGAGGCUGGAAAGGGCAACGAUGGAACCAAGAUCUUGAUGAUUGAAUGGGAGGAUGACGACCUGACCAGAUCUGCCGCAGACGGCUCAUGGCAAGUGUCCUGGGAAGGCAAGACCACGGUGCUACCGGCACAGGAACGCCCCGACGAGACCACUCGACGCUUCUACUUCCUCCUCCCGCCAAAUGUGACCAUUCCACCGGUCGUGACUUUGUCGUUUGAUCCUCCACAUGUCGACACCUGCUCUCCCCAGCCUCCCCAGGCUCGGGAAAGCCUACAGCUAAACCCUUUACCUGCGAUUUUCCCUCCGGAGCUGGGGGCCACGGGUCGGGCGGCGGGCAAGAAAGGCGUGCUACAUACAAUUUGGGCCAAGAAGCGGUUACGAGUAUUGCAGAAAGAAAUCGAGCAUGAAAUGGCCAUCAACGCAGAGGGCGUUGCGCUACACAUGGCCGUGCAGGAGAAGGAAUGGAUCGAAGGCAACUUUGGCCUAAGCCCACAUGGCCAAGAAGGCCCCAUCAACGCCCACGACCCGUCAACUUCUGCCUCGGUAUAUCCGACAGGACCGGCCACGCCGGUGUCUCCUGUCAGCGGGCGGAAAUUGGCCGAGAAAUUGAAAGGACUGAAGCUCCGGACUGGCGAGAAGGAAUUGUCGGCGAACAGUGGCUCCGACCCUGCACAUUUACUUUCACCUCAAUCGCCCGAUGUCGCUGUCUCCUCGUUCAGUUCUUUCCGGAGCGUGGCUAAUCGGGCUCCAUACUCGAUGCUGACCCCGGACACCCACGCAGUCCCGACUACCAAACUUCAGUCAAUUCACACUGGCUCUGAAACACUGCGACCCUUUGCGCUUCACCCACCUGAGCCGGUGCAAGAAGCACAGCAAUUCACUGGCUUGGGCGGGUUUGCCGCCAUCAGUACCGUGACGACCCUCGCCCACCCGUCGAGCGCUGACAACGGUGACGACCUCUUUGCCAAGGCCCUCAGUCCACGCUCCCCGGACUUGCCGCGUAGUCCAUUCUCAUUUGCAUGA